AUGCCACAGCCGGCGGAUCGUACUAGCACCGAACCACGGCUACUGCACGCGGCGGCGGAGCUGCGCGCACCGAUAGCGACGUGGACGCUGCCACACCUCUUUGCACGCACGGCGCAGUGCUACCCUCAGCACGUUGCGCUCAGCAUCGCCGCAUCGGUCGACUCGGACGCGGUUGCGUCAUUGACGUAUGCGCAGGCGCUUGCGAUGGCCACGCGCAUGGCCCACGUGCUCGACGGCUACCACUGCGCGUCGCCGUUUGUUGUUGGCGUCUGGCUCGACAAGAGCCUCGAGCUCACGCUCGCCAUCCUCGCAACGACCUUCGCGGGCGCCACGUGGCUCCCGUUCGACCCAGACGCGCCCGUCGAGCGCGUACGACUGUGUCUUGAGAACGCAAAGGCGGCCGUCCUUCUCAUGGACGAUCGCCACGCGGCCAUGGUGUCGCCAGUGGACAUUCCGGCGUCGUGCGUGUGCCUGCGCUACUCUGAGUUGGCGACGCAAGCAACACGUGCGCCGAUGUCAGCGCUGCCGCACCCGCCGACGCCAUCGACGCCAGCGUACUUUAUCUACACCAGCGGCACAACGGGCACACCAAAAGGUAUUUCCAUCUCGCACCGGGCCGCAACGCUCUUUGCCUACUCGGAGUCGUCGGUGCUCGGCCUGCACGCACACGAUAUUGUCUGGAACGGGUUCUCGCCCGCUUUCGACAUGUGGGUCGAGGAGACGUGGUGCGCCUUUGCGCGCGGCUGCGAGCUCGCGAUCGCUCUUCCCGGCCAGUGGAAGGACAUUGGUCGCCUCGUCGACGUUUGGGACCGGCGCCGCGUCAGCGUCAUCACGGCUGUACCAACGCUCAUGGCGAUGGUAUGCAGCGAAGCGUCGCUGCCACCGCUCGUUCGCCUCGUCAAUGUGGGUGGCGAAGCAUGUCCUGCCUCUCUUGUGACCAAGCUCCACCGAAAGGGCCUCAAAAUCUUCAACACGUACGGUCCGACGGAGACGACCGUCACGUGCACGUACACACCACUGGUGCCGCACCAGGUCGUCACCAUUGGCAAGCCGCUCCCGGGGUACCACGCAGCCUUGCUUGCGCUUCCAGAAGAAAACCAUUUGGAGGACGCGCCAACGCUCGAGCUGCUCGCGCUCAUUGAAGGCGCCACCGGUGAGCUCGCGAUCGGCGGGCCGUGCGUUGGCGACGGCUACGUCGGUCUGCCCGAGCUCACGCAGGAAAAGUUCAUUGCGCACCCACUGGACCCCAACGCGCGAUUGUACCGGACGGGCGACCUCGUCACGAUCAACGGCGCCGGCGACAUUGUGUUUCUCGGUCGCAUCGACACGCAGGUGAAAUACCGCGGCUAUCGCAUCGAGCUCGGCGAAAUUGAAGACAAGCUGAGCGGACUCGACGGCGUCGUCGCGGCCGCCGCGAUUCUGACCAAAGAUGAGCCGCAGCGCUUGGAAGCGUACGUGGUCUUGCGCGAUGCCAGCUGUGUGAGCAGCCUUCGAUCGCGCUUGAGCAGUCGUACGUCGCUCAUGGCCUACAUGAUUCCCGACGUAAUUGUGUCGCUCCAACCCGCCGAGAUGCCGCGGCUGCUCAGCGGCAAAAUUGACAAGAAGCAGCUUCAAGUGCUGUCGCGCCAACGCCGCGAGACCGAUACGGCCCCUGCGUCCACGGGUUCCUUUUCUACGUCGCUCGAGUUUGUGCUGCACGUGUGGCGCGCUGCCUUUCCCGAUGUCGCCGUCGACGCGGCCUCGGAUCUCUUUACGGACCUCGGCGCUCACUCGAUGCUCGUCGCGCAGCUCGUGAGUGCACUCCGAGGCAGCCAUCCGUCGCUGCUACUCAACCCGCUUGCGUCUGUCGGCCUCGUCGACCUCUACACGCUGCGGACGCCCGAGGCGAUCGCGGCUAAGUACCCAAUGACGAGCGCGGUGGCCGACGUUGUCUCGGACCGCCCCGCCUUUCGCGUCGUGCCGGCGUGGCGCCACGUGCUCUGCGGCCUCGCGCAGCUGCCGCUCUUGCUCGUGCUCUACUUCUUUUAUGCGCUGACGAUCUUGCUGCCGUUUGUCGUAUCCGACUACUACUUCGACACGACACAGCGCUUUGGUGUCUCGAUGCUGAGCCUCUACGCAGCGUACGCCCUCGCGCCGUGGAUCGUCCUGCUCUCGGUCUUUGUGGCCAAGUGGACGCUGCUGGGCCGCGUCGCACCUGGCACUUACCCAUUGUGGGGCACCUUCUAUGUGCGCUGGUGGUUUGUAAGCCGCCUCCUCAAGCUCGCGGACCUCCGGCUCCUUGGCGACACAUACUGGCUCGCGCUCUGGUACCGCUGUCUUGGCGCGCACAUUGGCCAGCACGUGCAUCUCGAUGUGGUCAACCUCGUUGCGUGCGACUUGCUCCACAUUGGUGACCACGCAACGCUUGGCAAGCAGGUGCUCUUGAGCGCCGAGUACGUCGACAAUGGCGUCUUGCACCUCGGGCCCAUUCGUAUCGGCGCCAACACCGUCAUCGGUACCUCCGUAACCCUUGAAGCCAACGUGCUCGUCGAAGACGGUGCGGUCGUCGAGAGCAUGGCCGGCGUCGUCACGGGGAUGGUCGUGCCGGCGCGGCAGGUCGUCGCUGGAUCGCCCGCGACCGUGGUCGGAGCCGCCGCCGACUGGACGCUCUCGGACAUCCCAUCGCCGGUUCGGUCUCUGGCGGUGCGCAGCGCGCAUUUGUUUGCGUUUGCUUUUCUCUUGCCCGCCAUGAACACGCUGCCAUUGGCGCCAGUUUUGUACCUCUUCAACGUCCCCCUCUUUCCCGACUCGACGCCAAUCGCAGCGCAGAUGCUCAGGCUCGCGGGGCUCGUCGGUGUCGGGUAUGUUGUGACCGUGACCACGCUCUUGGUCGCGACCAAGUGGCUGCUUCUCGGCAAGGUGCGUCCCGGCACGUACCACACGUACUCGUGGUUUGGCGUUCGCAGGUGGUUUGUCGAUGGCCUCAUGGACCUCUCGCUCGAUACGAUCCACACGCUCUAUGCGACCGUCUACUCGUCGCUGCUCUUGCGGCUGCUUGGCGCGACUGUCGGCGCGCGGACAGAGAUUUCGACUGCGCGCCGCAUGAACCCAGACCUCGUGCACCUUGGCCGCGAGUGCUUCAUCGCCGACAACGUUCUCCUCGGCGACGACGAGACACGCGGUUAUACGAUGACGCUGGCCGCGACGAUCGUGCACGACCGAGCGUUUGUUGGCAACGACGCGGUCGUUCCCCAAGGCUCGAGUCUACCCUCCGACUCGCUCGUUGGCGCCUUCUCGCUGCCGCUGCCUACGCUCCAAGCCGGCCAGAGCUGCUUUGGGCUUCCGCCGAUCCUCAUGCCGUCCCGCACGACGACUGAUGUGUUUGAUGCGACGCUCUUGUACCACCCGUCGCUGACGCGCCGCCUUGGCCGCCUCGUUGUCGAGACGCUCCGGGUGUGGUUCCCGCCGGCGCUCGUCUGUCUAGGUAUUGGCUCGUCGACGCAGCUCUUGCUGCAGCAGUAUCCUCUCUACACUGACGAUGGUGAGUCGCUGGACGUGGCGGCCAAUGUGCUCUGCCUUCUUGUGGCCUCGCCGUUUUACUACAUUGGCUGCAUCGUGCUGCCGGGCUUGACCAUCGUGCUAGCUCUCAAGUGGGGCGUCAUUGGCCGGUAUCAAUCGACGCUUCUCCCCAUGUACAGCUUUGGCGUCUGGUCGACCGAGUUCAUCACGGGCGUCCUCGAGCAUCUCAGUGUGUUUGUGCUUUUGCCGCUCGUCGGAACGCCGUUCCUGCCAUGGAUCUACCGCGCGUUCGGUGCAACCAUUGGCGCGCGCUGCUUUAUGGGCUCGAUCGACAUUCCCGAAUUUGACAUGCUCGUCGUUGGCGACGAUGUCGCGAUGAACGAGAGCAGCUUUCCGCAGACCCACUUGUUUGAAGACCGCGUCAUGAAGAUCGGCCGCACGACGCUCGGCCAUCGGUCGACCAUGCGCAUGUUCUCGACGCUCUUCCCCGACUCGUCCAUCGGCGACGACACGACGCUCGCGUGCAAUAGUGUCGUCAUGAAGGGCGAGCGGCUCUCGGGCGGCAACGUCUGGAUCGGCUUCCCCGUUUCGAUUGCGCCGCCGUCGCCGUCGCUCGUGACAGUUCUUGUCGACGAUGCGUACGAGAUGUCGGAUGGGAAAACGUCCAAAGCCGACGACCCGCUUUUGGAGGGAUGGGGACAAAGAUGUUGA